AUGGUAGUAAAUGCACCAGAAACUCCUAUACAGGCCGAAAUAAUAUUUAUUAUAGAAGCUACAGCAGCAAAUAGUGCCUAUAUAAGUGAAUUAAAAACAAAUUAUAUAGUACCAACGCUAGAAUAUUUCCAUGGUGGCGCCCUGGAAGAGGGUGCUGGCAGUGGUUCAGUGUAUGGCAUAGUUGCAUACAAAACAGCUGAUUGUCACCCGGGUCUUCCUGUUUUAACCUUCGGUCCCUUCACAUGCCCUCAAAAUGUAAUUGAAACUGUGGAUAAAAUACAGUAUAUAGGUGGCCAUGCUGAGAAUCGUGCUUGUGUAACUGAGGCCCUGACGACAGCACUAGCCUGCUUUGAUGAGUUGGGUCGCACAGAUUUACCAAUACACAUAUUAUUGUUAUGUUGCUCGCCGCCUUUUUCUGCAUAUGCUGGAGGAUUGGUUCCACCGGGUGCUCCAGCGACCAUAGAGCAAGCAGCUCGUUUAGUGGCCGAGCGGGGUGCACAACUCUCUAUAGCAUCUGCGAAGCGGUUGCCCGCUUUGUUGGCACUCUAUGAACAUGCAGGCGGCGAACUUCAUCAAGCACAACAGAGGAACUAUGCCAAGGAUCCGCGACACCUAGUAUUAUUACGUGGAUACAGUUUGAAGGAGAGACCGCCCAGCCCCGCACCGCCGCCUGCCCCGGACAUACAAACAGACAUAUACAGUGCGCAGCGCGGUGGGCCGGUGGCGCCGCGGGCGGCGGGCGCGCAGUUCGUGCGCGCGACGGGCGUGCGUGCGGGUUGGCUGGCGCCGCCGGGCCCGCGCCAGCCGGUCUACGCCAACAACUCCGCGCUGCUCACGCAGCUGGCGCAGCCCUCGUACCCGCCGCCGCCGCCCGCACACGCCGCACAGGCGAGCAUGCAGCGUAUGCCUGGGAUGGUGGCGGGUCCGUCAGGCGCCAGUGCUGCGCCGCUGCAGCGCACGUACAUCUGGAGCGGCGUGCUCGAGUGGAUGGAGAAGGGCAAGGCGCCCGGCGACCAGCAGAAGGUCACCAAGCAUCUGCCGUGUCAGCUGCAGCGCACGUACAUCUGGAGCGGCGUGCUCGAGUGGAUGGAGAAGGGCAAGGCGCCCGGCGACCAGCAGAAGGUCACCAAGCAUCUGCCGUGUCAGGUGUCAGCAAAUUCCAAAGACAUAGAGCCCGAGUUAAAGGUUGACACAUGGCCGAACAAGUUGCUGAUGCAGCUGAUGCCAAAGCAGCUCAUCAGCAACAUCGGAGGCCAGUAUCUCAAGGACAGCAAGUCGGUGCUAUUCCACUUGCAGCCAAACGAGGCGCUUGAUGCUCUAACCAAGGUCAUGGUCAACGGCUUUGCCGGGUGCGUUCAUUUCUCUCCUAUGUCAUCGCCCCCGCAGUGCGACAUCAAAGUGCUGAUACUUCUGUACACUCCAGAUAAGAAAGCUUAUCUCGGUUUCAUACCCAACAACCAGGCGACCUUCGUCGACAGGCUUCGAAAAGUGAUCCAGCAACAGAAAAUCACACAGAUAAUAAAUAAACAGAUGCCCACAGCAGUGAGUGCUGCUGGUGCGAUGGGCGGGAAUAUGCCCACGCAAACCAUGGCUGGUGCUGGUGGAAUGCAGUCUGGAGGUAUGGGCGCGCUGAGCGGUGCGCUGCAGGGCGUGGGUGUAGGCUUGGGGCAGAUGGCAUUGCCGGGGUCCAGCCAGGGCAUGGUGCAGCCGCAGAUGCAGCAACACAAUCAGAAUAUGAUGAUGGCAAAUAGUAUGGGUGGACAAGUCGGCGGCGUUGCGGGUGUUGGAAGAGUAGGCGUGGGCGGCAAAGGUGCCAGACCGGUCACACAGCUAGACGGCUUGGAGGCUGCGAGGCAACAAAACCUCGAGAAAAUACAGCAUCUGCAGCAAACUUUGGAGGCCGCUCACCAGCAAGAGGAAGAGUUCAAGUCGCAGAUGGACAUCGUGACGCAUUUGCACGCCGCACAACAACAGGAGCAGCAAUAUAAACAGUUGGAGGAGCAGCAGCGCAAGCAGCAACUGCAGCAGCAGUUGCAGCAGCAGCUGCGCGGCGCGCCCAUGCACGCGCCGCGCGUCAUGCACACGCUCAACCAGGGCCUGCGCAACCUGCUGCAGCAGCCUCAGUACAGGCCGCAGGGUGGUGCGGUGCGUCCGAGCUCGCAGUCGCAGCAGUUCGACGACGUCUCCAACUACAAUGACUUUCUAUAA